UUUCUGUUCAACCUGAGAAAGCAGAGAGAUGCACGGGGGCAUCGACCUCCUCCUCCUCCUCCUCCUCCUCCUUCUUCGCACUUCCUCUGUGCUCUGCAUUUCGCAACCGAAAGAAAAACCUAACGCCGGCGAUCGCGGCAAAGCUCGGGCAGCGCGGGAGCGAGAGAGAGAGAGAGAGAGAGAGAGAAUGGGGAAUUGGUUCUUCAAGGAGCCGCCGCCGCCGCCGCCGGUGGUGCUCGUGCCGCCGCUCUUCGACUUCCCCCCUCUCGCUGCCCGCACCAGAAUGUUGGAGUCCUCGUACAAUUUGUUAUUCGGGAAGCUUGCUCUUAAAUGUUUGUUUGACGACUAUUUUGAGGAUGCAAGACAUUUCAGCACAAGAGUAAUGUUAAAGCCAAUUGAUGAUCCUCAUGUGGAUUUGGUGGCAACGGUUUCCGGUCCAUUAGAUCAUAAACCAGAAGAGCAAAUUGUAGGAAAUGCAAUAUUUCGAUGGCAAAGUGAUGUGGAUGAUCCUCAUACCUUCGUGGAUCUCUUCGUAUCAAACUCUGAUCCGAACUUGCAGGUGAGAUCAUGUGCUUACUAUCCUAGAUUUGGGUUUGGAGCUUUUGGCAUUUUCCCUUUGCUUUCGGCGAGGAGCAGAGCAUCGUCAGAAGAUUAUGGUGUUGUGGGCUUGAGAUAUGGCUCAGGAAAUUUAUCCAUGGGUGCCACUUUGAUGCCAUUCUCUGUGAAGGAUGAGCUGCCGAGGACUGCGUGGCUGGUGAGCAAAAUGGGAAGACUAACUGCUGGACUGCAGUACGAGCCACUAUAUGGGAAAGAAGACAUUGCAAAAUAUAAGAACUUGCAGAACUGGAGUUGUGCAAUUGGCUAUGGAGGAGGAUCGGGCAGUCCCUUGAGCCCUUCCUUCAAUUUUAAUCUUGAACUUGCAAAGAGUUCCCAGUUCAUUGCCUCAUUUUACCAACAUGUGGUGGUCCAGAGAAGGGUGAAGAACCCCCUUGAGGAAAAUGAAGUCGUUGGAAUCACGAAUUAUAUUGACUUUGGUUUUGAAUUACAAACAAGGGUCGAUGAAGCCCAAACGUCAAAAAACAAUUCGGAGUCUACAUUUCAAGUUGCUGCGUCAUGGCAGGCCAACAAGAACUUCUUGUUGAAGGGUAAGAUCGGUCCUCUAAGUUCAUCAAUAGCAUUAGCAUUCAAGUCAUGGUGGAAACCUUCCUUUACUUUCAGCAUUUCAGCUACUCGAGAUCGUUUGACUGGAUCGAACUCCUGUGGGUUUGGUAUUCGUGUCGAGCAUCUAAGAGAAGCCAGCUACCAGAGAGCCGAUCCAAAUUUCGUGAUGCUGACUCCAAACAAGGAGCACCUAGCGGAGGGCAUGGCGUGGAAGACGGGGAAAAGACCGAUGCUGCAGUCCGAUGUCAAGGCUGGAAAUUUCGAGGGCCUACCAAAGGAAUUGAGACCCUUUGAGAAGAUUUUAUAGUUUAUGCUUUUUCUCGUUUCUAUUCCCUGAUCGAGCCACCUUUUUCUUCACUAUUCGGUUAAUAUUAGAUCGAGGGAUUCUCUCGAGGCUGUGUAGUGGCAAAAUGUUCCAGACGUUUCAAGACUGGAUAAACCAUCUUUUCAUCUGAUGCUGUUACCCUCGCAUCGCACGCA